CCAUUGGUUAUAAAAUCUGUCAGUCAAAUGACUGAGGCGUUUAUUGGUCAUAAGCAGGACGUGUCUGAAAUGGUGAAUUCCUAUUGGUUUUUCUGCCCACACCCACCACACUGCGUCCAAACCCAAGGUGAAAGUCAAAGGAAGCAAGCCGGUYAACACAACAGCCGCCAUUACAAGAAGUCAUGUCGGUGUUUUCUGAAGUCUCUCAAGCAGCUCCUGUAGCUGUAUUCAAGCUAACACAGGACUUCGUUAACGACCAGUAUCCUAACAAGGUGAACCUGGGAGUUGGAGCCUACAGAACAGAUGAAGGCAAACCUUGGGUUUUGCCCGUAGUGAAAAAGGUGGAGAAGAUCAUCGUGAAUGAUGACAGGCUAAACCACGAGUACCUGCCCAUCCUGGGCCUGCCUGAGUUCAGAUCCUCAGCCUCUAAGAUYGCGCUGGGAGACGACAGUCCUGCCAUCCAAGAGGACAGGGUGGGGGCUGUCCAGUGUCUUGGCGGUACUGGCGCUUUGAAGAUAGGUGCAGAAUUUCUUAGGCGAUUCUACAACGGGACAAACAACACAAAAACACCCAUCUAUGUUUCUGCACCUACUUGGGAAAAUCACAAUGGUGUGUUCAGCAGCGCCGGCUUCGAGGACGUUCGUCCCUACAAGUAUUGGGAUGCAGAGAAUAGAGGUCUUGAUUUGGCGGGUUUUAUUGGAGACCUGGAGAGCUGUCCAGAGCGCUCAGUGUUCAUCCUACACGCUUGUGCCCACAAUCCAACUGGAACCGACCCCACACAGGAGCAAUGGAAGCAAAUCGCUGAGGUCAUGAAGAGGAGAAAGCUGUUUGCGUUCUUUGACUCGGCCUAUCAGGGCUUUGCCUCAGGCAAUCUUGAUAAAGAUGCCUGGGCGGUUCGCUACUUUGUCUCCAUGGGCUUCGAAUUAUUUUGUGCUCAGUCAUUCUCCAAGAACUUCGGCCUCUACAAUGAGCGUGUAGGCAACCUUACGGUCGUUGCUCAUGAUGCUGACAAACUCAAGAAAGUCCUCUCCCAGAUGGAGAAGAUCGUCAGAAUCACCUGGUCCAACCCGCCGUCUCAGGGAGCUCGCAUCGUCGCUAUCACGCUCAACUCGCCGGAGCUCUUCGCUGAAUGGAAGGAAAAUGUAAAAACUAUGGCUGAGAGAGUUUUACUGAUGAGGGAUCAGCUGAAAGCCAAGCUUCAAGCACUGGGUACACCGGGGACCUGGAACCACAUCACGGACCAGAUUGGCAUGUUCAGCUUCACGGGGCUCAACACCAAACAAGUGGAAUUUAUGAUCAAAGAGAAACACAUCUAUUUAUUGGCCAGUGGUCGCAUCAACAUGUGCGGUUUGACCAGCAAGAACAUCGACUACGUGGCCGAGUCCAUCCACGAGGCCGUCACCACGGUGCAUUAGAAGAACACACAGCACUUCCUGCUGCUCGGCUCAGGAGACGCUGAUGUUUAACUGCGGGUUUUAUUGAUCAGUUACUUCCACUCCUACACAGACGGCUCACUUGCACUGUUGACUCUGGCUUUCCAUGUUAAACAAGAUAAAGUACGCACUGCAAGAUGCUGAUUUUCAAAUAGUCGUUCACUUUUGUUUACCAUAAAUGCUCAAAUUGGAUGUUUUUUUUCUUCUUUUUGUCACACAUUGUGCGCUUUAAAGUUCUUUUUAUUCACGUGUGUGUAUCUCAGGUGUAAGCAUUGGUCCCACCAAAACUUUAAUUUAAUUUAAGAAUCAAAUGUUUUUAGUACUUUAGCCUAUUCAAUGAAUUACUGCUCACUGUUAUUGCUGUAUCAAAUAUGUACACAUUAUCUUGUAUAUAUCAAAUUCUUCCUGCAUGUUUAUGCUGACCGUCUGUAACACUGGUACACUUACGUAAGACUGUUGUUACAGAAACAUUAAUAAUCAACCAGCUUGUUAUCGUGUCUGUUUGAGCAGCAAUAAAACAGAAUAUUAAACAACUUUAUUGAAGCUGAAAAUAAAGAUGAACGAACUAUGAAA